AUGUCGAAGCACCUCGCGACCCCGAGCCCGAAUCCAAAAUAUGUCCUUUUCCAAACUGCAAGCGAGCAAAGCCGUUCGCCACGAAUUUCAAGCUCUGGCGUCACGCUGCGCAACGUGAAUCUCGCCCUCUGUCUGUGCCAUUACAACGACGUCCGAUGCGAGGAAGUGUGCGUGAUUUGCUUCAAAUUAUUCGAGUUCGCAAGCGAGAUCAUCCGACAUUGUGAGGAAAAUCACAGGACCGAGUUCGGCAGGAAAGCCACAUACAUGAAGGGAACGUUAGAGGAAGUUUCACGUCGCGUAUCUUCUGAGUUGUACGCUGCAAAGAUCGCCUUCAAGGAGAGGACUCUUGUCGGCUCCACAAGUGAGAGCAAAAAGAGAACUCGAGAUGAGGCAGGUAUCGACAAUGAAGCGUCGGAAACUCAAGGAGCAGAGUUGGUCGCACUGACUACACAACGCUCACAGUUGCACGCUACUGGUACUGUCCACAAUCCAAAUAAGCCGCCCAUCCUAAUGCAGAGCCAGAAGACAUGA